AAUCAAGUGGUUCAAAACUUCGUAAUAUCGCUCCUGCUCCUCAAAACAAACCUGAAUAUGAUGUUUAUCAUAUUCCAAGAGGAUACGAAGUUUUACUUUAUCCAACAGAUCUUCUCUUAAAUCUACCAAAAAUUGUUCCUCUUCAAGUAGUUCAUGGCGUAAACAAUUGUUUCAUGGCUUAUCGUGAACAAAUUCAACAUAAAGUUCUUGAAGAAAAUCCUGGAAUGAAUAAUAAACUUGUUUCAGUGAUUGCAGCAAAAAUGUGGAAUGAAGAAUCAGAAGAAGUUAAACAAUUUUGGCGAGAAC